CGGUCCUCCGAGAUGUUCACGGUGGGAACCGAAAACUUCCUCCGCCAGGCCAGGGAGAUCCAGGAAGAGGAACUGAAGAAAUUUUGUUCUCGAAUAGAAGGACUGCUCCAGAAGCAAGACUUGGGAAGUGAGACUACUGACUGCCUCCAGCGGCUUUUCCUCAUUGUAUCGGCGACAAAAUACAGCAGAAAGCUACAGAGAAAGUUUGUGGAGUUGCUGCAGUCAGCAAUGUUUUGGCAGAAAUCUUCUGAACAGGUUCGGGUUCUGUGUGCUGCCAUCAUGAGAGAAAUGUCACCACAUGAUGGGGUGGUAUUGUCUUGCGACCACAUCCAAGAUACAAAGUUGUUGAGCUUGGUGUCUUCAGUGCUUCUGGCUCAGGGUAAUAAAAAGGAUGAGGUUAGAAAAGUGGGCCAGCGUGUUACAAAAAUCCUUGAAGGCCGGCAGCCCGAGGGUGAAAGCUCACGGCACCUGCUUCCAAUUUUGUCAAAAGUGAUCAGCCUCUCACCAACAGUCCUGUCAGAAGAUCAAACAAAUCUGCUCAACAGAAGGCUUGUUGAUUGGCUGCGAUAUGCAAGUAUACAGCAAGGAAUUGCACAAACAUCUGGAGGCUUUUUUUCUAAUCCUCGGGCAAGGCAGCCUGGUCCCAUCACUGAGGUGGAUGGGGUGGUUGCCACAGACUUCUUCACGGUGCUGUCAGUGGGCCAACACUACACUGAUGACCAGUGGCUGAACAUGCAGGCCUUCUCCAUGCUGCGGAAGUGGCUGCUGUGCAGUGCGAAUGAUGGAACUGAUAGUCCAGAUUCAGAUGAAAAAUCUGAGCUGGAGGGCUCUGUCAUGUCUAUGGUCUCUGCCACCUCCACCUCCAGUCGCCUGCUUCCUCCAAAGGAGCGCCUGAGGGAGAAGGCCUUUGAGUACUGCCAGCGGCUCAUCGAGCAAAGUAACAGGAGAGCCUUAAAGAAACCAGAUGCCGACCUUCAAAAAGCUUGUCUGGUUGAAGCUGUGAUCAUCCUGGAUCUUCUCUGCAGGCAGGAUUCCUCAUUCGUGUACCGGACUCUCUCAUGCCUGAAGGUCUUGCACGAGCGGCUUUGUGGGGACCUAUCUUAUGCCCAAGCCUUGCUGCCGAUUGCCCAGUUCUUCCUCACCCACAGUGAAAUGGCAGCAGUAGAUUCAGAAGCAGUUUACCAGCAUUUGUUUACCAAGAUUCCUUCAGAGCUAUUCCACAGCCCAUUGCUGGCCUUUGAAUUCAUCCAGUUCUGCAGGGACAACAUCCAGAUCUUCAGGGGAAAUCUCAGCAUCUUCAGAUUGAGUUUCCCAAAUCUUUUCAAGCUCUUGGCAUGGAACAGCCCAUCCCUGAUAUCAGAAUUUGUGGAUCUCCUUCCUGCGCUCAUUGAUGCUGAGACAGCCACUGAGAUUCUUCAUGCAUUGCUUGAUCUGCCAUGUUUGACUGCUGCCCUAGAUAUCCAGCUUAGAUCAUCUGCUCCGGCAACUGAGAGACCUCUCUGGGAUCCUACCGUAAAACCAACUAGCUGCUUGGAGGGCUUCCGUGAUCCCCGCUAUCAGAUUCUGUUUCGGUUCCUGCUCCGCACCAAGGCCAGCGGCACCACAGAAAGGUUGACUCCACUUCACCAGCUUCUGAAGCCCAUGGCCAAUUGCCCCCGGGUUGUGCAGUGUGCAGAGACUGUGCCUGUCUUACUGCAGGUUUUCUUUACAGUGGUGACAGAGUUUGCAGAUGGGCCCCUAAUAAACCAGCUGGUGCUGCUGCUGCUGGAGAGAAGCGACCUGCUCUAUGAUGUUCCAGAGUUCAAAGCAGAUGUGCAUAGAGUGAUGAGCUCUCAGUUCCUGGUUCUAUGUAAACUGCAUCCCUCACUGAUUGUAGAACUGUCCAAGGAACUCUUAGAGUUCACCGGAACCAUCAGCAACAUCCACAACAAAGAGAGCAUCUUCACCUUUGUGGUGUGGGCUAUUGGUGAGUAUUUAGCUGUGCCCUAUGACAAGCGAUGCACUGUGGAGCAGAUCAACAAAUUUUUUGAAGCACUGGAGGCCUUGCUGUUUGAAGUCACUCAGCUCCGUCCUUCUGCCACCCUUGCCAGAUACUCUCCCCGGGUCAUCACUGUACUCAUGACCACACUGACCAAAUUAGCUUCUCGCAGUCAAGACUUAAUUCCCAGGGUGUCUUUGUUCCUUUCCAAGAUGAGGUCCUUCGCUCAGAGUCCUGCCAUGACCACCGCGUACAGUGAGGAAGACACUGAGGCCAUUCUGACCCGAGCCACCGAGCUCAUGAACCUGUUGAAAAUGCCAAGUGUGGCUCAGUUUGUUUUGACACCACCUGCAGAGGUGUCUAGCCCCCGCUAUCACCAGGAUGUCAACACCUCCCUGCCUCUCGCCCUGAGGAUGGUCAGCCGCCUGGUAGAAAGAGAAACUGGCCUGCCAGGGUGAAUGGAUGACAUGACCAGUGCUUGGUGGGAGACGGAUUAUGAGCAGUGGAGCAGGUCAGGCACGUAUUAGGACUAAGCCCUGCUGCACAAAGAGAUGAAUCUGUGAGAGGGGGGUGAGGUUUCCUCUUCCCUUGAAAGAGUGGCUGGGUGAUGGUGGAACUACACAGGUGGAAGAGUGGUGUCUUUUUCUACUGUCUUUUCUAUCCCUCUUUAAAUGUUUGUUUUGUUUACA